AUGACUGAUGCCAAGGCUGUUGAAACACUUAUGGCCGCCUCCACUUCCCUACUUCUCGAUGAUGGUACACCACCCACCGAUGCAACUCGUUUCCAUCAAGUGAUCGGUGCACUUCAGUAUCUUGUCUAUACUAGGCCAGAAAUUGCCUAUUCCAUCAAUAAGUCCUCUCAAUACAUGCAUGCUCUGACGGCCUCCCACUGGCAAUGUGUUAAGCGGCUCCUUCGCUAUGUCUCUGGCACUCUCACAUAUGAUCUUGCCAUUCGUCACUCACGUGCUCCCUUCUCCUUGUCUGUUUUGUUGAUUCUGAUUGGGCUGGAAAUCAUGAUGAUCGGUCUUCCACCUUGA